CGGAACCCCACUCGAUCUGUCGCGACCAGAACAAUCGCGAUGCCGAAGCCACGAACCAAACGCCAGGCCAUCCGCGAUGAGCGAAAGGCAAAGCGCCGCGAGAAAGCAUUGGCAGCCAGCGAAGAGAGCAAGGCUGCCAAGAGACAACGACUAAACGAGGCCGAUGGCGAUAACACUGGCAACUUGGAAGCCAAGUUUGAAGAUGGAUUCGAACAACCUAGAAUUGGUGGUCCACCACCCGCCGAUCGCGAGUUCUUUGGCAUGUUGUCGGAUGAAGAGCAGGAAUACUUUCGAUCGGUAGAUGAGCAGCUCGAUAUUGACGACUUUCCUUCUCAAGAAGAGCGACAAUUAUACCUAGCUAGUGUCUUCGCCGAAGCUCAAGGAAAGGAACUUAAGCUAGCAUGCAGCCAGUCAUGUUCGAGAUUGAUGGAGCGGCUUAUAUUAAUGUCGAACACGAGGCAGAAGAAGAAGCUAUUCCUACAAUUUGCAAGCCAUUUUCUGAACCUCAUCCAACACCGUUUCGCGAGCCAUUGCUGCGAAACCCUGUUCUUGCAAUCUGCCCCAAUUGUCACUAGAGAGCUCGGAGGGGAACGCGACGAUGUUCUUACGGACCAAGACGAUCCGAAUGAGCAGCCUCUGCCUUUUAUGGAAGAAUUAUUUCUUCUUACACUCGACGAGCUCGAGGGACACCUUGGAUAUCUUCUCGCCGAUAAAUUUGCGUCUCACACUCUUCGAAUAUUACUCAUCAUUCUCUCCGGACGACCUUUGGAAGAGUCUCAAACUAAGUCCCUUAUUCACAGCAAGAAGAAGGAAAAGAUUUCAGUCCCUUGGACAUCCGAUGACCCAGCCGAUUUGAAUUCUCAACUUCGGGCCGUGCCCAUGUCAUUCAAUCUAGCCGCCAAGAAAAUCAUCGCCGACUCAGUUUCUGGUAUGAGUCCCACAGAAAUUCGCGUGCUAGCAAAACAUCCCACUGGAAACCCGGUUCUGCAGCUGUUGUUAGAGCUGGACAUUAGUUUGAAUUUGAAAGCGAGCGACGAGUCCGAAGACAUGGCUGUGCUGUGGCAACUCCUACCUGGAGCCCCUAAUUCGCUGAAAGAUGGUACUAGCCCGGCGUCGGAUUUUGUCAAUUCGAUGCUGUACGACCACAUUGGAUCACGACUACUUGAGACCCUUAUUAUCCAUUGUCCCGGAAAGAUUUUCAAGCCUCUGUAUAAACAUGUCUUUGCAGAUCGAAUCCAUAGUCUUCUUCGCAAUGACAUCGCCUCAUAUCCGGCCAUACGCGUUCUGAAUCGACUCAGCAAAGAGGAUCUGGUUACGGCAGUUAAAAAGAGUUUGCCUGAGUUUAGUAAGCUCGUUACGCUAUCUAGGUUUAACGUGAUUAAGACCUUGUUUGAGCGAUGCCAGGCUCGGGAAGCUAGGGACGAGAUUGACAGUUUAACGAAGGCCCUAAUCGAGGCAUUUGGAUCAGACCCUAAAUCAUUGGUUCCAAAGCUUUGCCUUCCACAGUCAUCGGAAUCCGAUGAUAAGAAGAAAAAUCAUGAACCGCCACAGAAGAAUCGUUCAGCAUUAGUUUCGCAUGGCUCUCAAUUAACGACAGCUAUGCUUGCCAUACCCGGACUUCCCUCAAGCACAAUCCAAACAUCUCUAUCAUCUCUACCUGAAGAACUUAUUCUUCAACUCGCAACAUCAUCAGCACCUACAUCUUACGUCCUGAUUAAUGCAUUUUCCACUCCAACAAGAAACAAGAUAUUUCACAAGGCACUGGUUGCAGCACUACGACCCCAUGCAUUUCAACUCGCUAUGUCAGAGUACGGCAGUAGGGUCUUGAAUUCUAUUGUUUUCAUACCUUCCAAGAGCGAUAGUAUAUCUGUGCCAUUCCACAUCAAAGAAUCAAUCAUGGAGCUGCUUGGUCAACAUGAACAAGAAUUGAGGGAAUCCUUUGAGGGCCGCCGUGUGUGGAGAAUAUGGAAAGGGGACCUAUGGAGGAAUAGGCGUAGGGAGUGGAUCUCCUGGGUCAAGAAUCUUGACACUAUGUCAGGGCAAACAUUAUCAGAGGACCAGUCAAGGGGGGGAAAGGGACUAAGAAGUAGCAAUGACAGCAGUGCAAAGAGUACAGCAAGGACUAAUGACUUUCAGGCAAGAAAACGGAAGUGGGGAGUUGAAGGAGCCUCAUAGCACGGUAUGUCAUUGUUUGCUAUUCGCACAGUUCAGAUAAGAUGGUAUUCAAAGUUUGGAGCCUCUCGUGAUUCCCCUAGACAUUAGAUAGAAUAACGUACCCAAUGACCCAAAUACCCAAAUAUUACUCAUAUACCUAACAUGAC